AUGUCAUUCUUCAGAGACUUGUUAGAUAACAUCAUCCCAACUGCCUAUGCCGAUGAAGUAUGUUUUGUCUUUCUUUUUUUCUUUCAUUUUUUCUUGCACCACCUACAGGAUAUGCUAUGCCCUCAACGACAAGCAACCAAGAUUUUGGCAGUUUUUACUAACGCAAUUUGAUUUUUUAGAAAGGUUCAGAUACUCAGAACGAGGUGGCAGACGAAGAAGCUCCGGAAGCUAAAGAGACUAUACAGCCAGAAGAAGACCCAGUAGAGGUCACAGAAGAUGCGCCAGCAGAUGAAGAAGGAGAACCAGGUGAACAAGAAGACGACGACGACGACGAUGACGACGAUGACGAUGAAGAUGACGAAGACGAAGAAGAAAACGUCGAUCCACAAGUCAAAUUAACCGAAGAAUGCGUCAAGACCGUAGCAUGUAAACCAUUUGAACACCAUUUCCAUGAAUGUAUAGACAGAGUCACCAAAGAGAUGGAGGAGCCCGACUAUGCUCAUAAAAGUCAUAAGGAAGACUGCGUGGAGGAGUUUUUCCAUUUACAGCAUUGUGUGAAUGACUGUGUUGCACCUAGGUUAUUUAACAAGUUGAAGUAA